AUGGUAGAUGAUUCGAGCGAGAAAGCUCACUACGAUGAUGCCGCCUCCACGGGCUCUUCAAGCUCAACAAGUCGACCAUCUACGCGUGGAUCAACAGAGCGUACACCUACACCUUCAGAUAUCGAGAAGUCACCUGAUAUCAUAUUCCCCACGCCGGCAAUAGAGCCUACCACAACCAGAAGCUCUACAAGGUCUCAACAUCCAGACUUUGAAGUUGAUUGGGCUGAGAACGAUCCGGGAAACCCUAUCAAUUGGUCGUCGCGGUACAAAGCCACAGCGACAGCUCUCGUAGCAUGGAGUACCUUGGUUGUGGUUGUGUACUCGACGAGCUAUACAAGUGGUUUGUAUGGUAUGAUGAAGGAUUUCCAAAUUGAUAGUGAGCCGGUCGUCACGUUGGGGAUCACUACAUACCUGGUUGGUCUUGCCAUUGGGUCUAUGUUCCUCGCACCUUUAUCCGAAAUGUAUGGAAGAAAGCCAAUAUACGUCAUCGCCAUGUCCCUCUUCACACUAUUAAUCAUCCCGUGUGGCCUUGCUACAUCUUUGCCGGAGGUCAUCGUUGUGCGCUUCAUUGGCUCUCUUGCCGGGGCUUCUAUGAUCGCAAACUCCCCGGGCACCGUCAGUGACAUUUCGACGGAGAAGAAUCGUGCACUAUUCUUCUCCAUUUGGUCCAUCGGUCCAUUGAAUGGGCCUACAUUUGGUCCUAUCAUCGGCGGCUUUGCGACCCAAUAUUUGGGUUGGAGAUUCACUAAUUGGAUCGUCAUGAUGAUGGCUGGCACUAGUGUUCUGGCUAUGAUUCUUCUAAGUGAGACUUACCCGCCAGUCUUGCUUCAAAGGAAAGCAGCAAAUCUACGCAAAGACACUGGGGACGAGAGAUACUGGUGUCGGUACGAUAAUAGAAAACAGUCAUUUUUGCAGGUUCUGGGGGUGAACCUCAAGCGGCCGUUUGUCAUGUUGUUCACCGAGCCUAUCUGUAUCUUCUGGGAUCUUUAUGUGUCAGUUAUUUACGGCAUAUUAUAUCUAUGCUAUGUUGCAUAUCCGAUAGUCUUUACCGAGAUUCGAGGCUGGUCCCUAAGUUUCACUGGGCUUUCUUUCACUGGAAUCGGUAUCGGGUGCUUUAUCACCAUAUUAUGUGAGCCACUCAUACGACGUAUGAUAGAAUCGCAUAGGAAAGAUCUAUCGACUGGGAAAGUGCCACCAGAGGCUAUGGUCAGCGUGAUCUGUAUCGCCGCGGUCUUAUGCCCAGUCGGAGAAAUCUGGUUUGCUUGGACUUGCUUACCACCUGUGCACUGGAGCCUUCCAAUUGUAGCUGGCAUACCGUUUGGGGCUGGUAAUACGGCAGUCUUCAUCUAUGCUGUCAAUUACCUGGCCCACAGCUAUGGCAUCUAUGCUGCCUCCGCUUUGGCGGGUAAUUCUUUAAUACGAUCGCUUUGCGGUGGCGGCCUUCCUUUGGCAGGUGCCAAGAUGUACUCCACGUUAAACGCACAUUGGGCGGGCACGUUACUUGGAUUGCUUCAAGUGUCCCUGAUUCCAAUCCCUGUGAUCUUUUACAAAUACGGGCACAAGAUACGCAUGAAAAGUGCUCUCAUCCAAGAAAUGCAGAGAGAGCGGGAAAGGCUAGAACAGAAGCGGGUGUCGAGGAUGGAAAAAGCGGACAGAGAACGAAAGGAAGUGGAGACUGCUAUGAUAAAAGUCGAGAGUAAUAGGUUUUGA